UCCACUUGGAAUCACCAAUCAUAAAUACUUUUACUUGCUCAAGCAACUAUCAUGCCACCAAAAAAAGCUGAAGCUGCAGCACCAAUUGCGAAUUUUGGCAGAGUCCGUAACAAUCUGCGUAUGGGAGUGGUAGGUCUUCCCAAUGUUGGCAAGUCGUCGCUUUUUAAUGUUCUGACUUCUCAAUCCGCUCCAGCCGAAAACUUUCCUUUUUGUACCAUUGAUCCAAACGAAGCUCGCUGCCCAGUUCCUGAUGAACGCUACGACUUUCUCUGCAGUCUGUGGAACCCUCCAUCUACUCAGCCAGCCUAUCUCCAUGUCACCGACAUUGCUGGGUUGAUCAAAGGUGCAAGUGAAGGUGCCGGUCUUGGAAACGCAUUCCUGUCCCAUAUCCAAGCGGUCGAUGGCAUUUUCCAUGUUGUUCGUGUCUUUGAGGACAACGAUAUUGUUCAUGUUGAGGAAAACAUUGAUCCCAUCCGAGACUUGGAGAUCAUCACUGCUGAAUUGUGCAAAAAGGAUCUUGAGUUUGUGAAAAAGGCUCAGGUAGCAGAAGACCUUGCCGUGCGCAAAUCCGGUGGAAAGUUUAAGCUCUCAGCAACCUUUAUUGGAUUGAUUGAAAAACUGUACAAGCUGCUGGAAAGCAACACUCCAGUGAGAUCUGGAGAAUGGUCUACAACUGAAGUUGAACUCAUCAAUGACAAAAUGUCCUUGAUUACGACAAAACCCAUUGUGUACCUCAUCAACAUGUCCAAGACUGAUUUUCUACGUAAAAAGAACAAGUGGUUGCUCAAGAUCAAAACUUGGAUUGAUGGACAUGGUGGAGGUGUAAUGAUACCCUUUUCAGUAGAGUUUGAACAGCAAUGGUCGGCUCUUGCACCUGAAGAAAAGAGUGCAUUUAUAGAGGAAAAUGGACCUGGAGCGGUGUCUACUCUUCCCAAGAUGAUUACUACUGGGUACAAGGAGUUGAAUCUGAUUUAUUUUUUUACCUCGGGUGAGAAAGAAGUGCGUGCAUGGACCGUAUACAAGGGCGUCUCGGCUCCCGACGCGGCAAGUGUCAUUCAUACAGAUUUUGGCAAGGCAUUCAUCAAGGCUGAAGUUGUUUCUUAUGCAGACUACAAGGAACUGUGUGGUGGUCAGAAAGGCAUGGCAGCUAUAAAAUCUGCUGGAAAAUAUCGCAUUGAAGGCAAGACGUACAUUGUUCAAGAUGGUGAUAUUAUCUACUUCCAAAUCGGUACUUUGACUGCUCCCAAGAAAAAGUAGAUGGUUUAUCUAGUUGUUGCAAAUGAAUAGUCUUUAUGAUAC